CUUAAAGAGGUAUGAUGAAACUAUUAUAAAAAAGAGGCAUGAUGAAACUUUACAAUUAAAAUUGAGGACGUAGGCAAAAAACCUAUAGGAAAAAUACCUUUUUAAUGGUGGCUUAUACGGUAUUCCAGGUGAAAUUCAGGGUACUGCAUACCUUGAGUAUGAAAACACUAUCUAGACCUCGAAUUAGCAGAAUUUUUGGGAUUGAUACUAUGCCCUAAGUCCUAACCCUUAAUGUGUGAACCCUAGGUCCUAAUUAUCUAAAUCAUAAACUAUAAACCCUAAGAUCGAGCAUUCAUUUUUUUGCCUAUAUUUGGAUGAAUCAUAGCCGUCGAUUAUUGUUUCUAAUAAAAUUAAUUUUGUUGUAUAAGAUUUAAGGAACUAAGACCUAGAUUUUGAUCUUUACGUAUUAGAGUAUAGUAUCAUCUUCAAAAGAUUAAUCAAUUCAAAGUCUGGAUAGCAUUUUCAUACUCAAAGUAUGCGGUACCUCAGAUUUCUCCCUGGAUAGUGUAGAACUCAACCCUUUUUUAAUAAUUUUUACACUUAAUUGAUAAAAAUUGAUAACACAGAUAUAAAUAAAACAAAACAUAAAGCAAAGUAACUAAUUUGGCGACGGCCAGCUCCUCCGUCCGCGUCCCGUUAAAAAAAAAACUCAUCCAAUCCCACUUUCGUUCCGUCCAAAUCCAGCAUUCAAGUAAUAAAUGAUUAAUCAAUUUGAACCAAUCCGACACUGCCACAUGGCUGGGUAGCAGCGGAGGGCUGCAACCCAGCCAGCAGCCAAAUUUUGCCCUAUUUAAAAUAGUAUCCAAAACCCAAAAAAAAAAAAAAACUAUAGAACCUUAUAAAAAAAAAAUUCUCUACACUUGCGAUAGUUUGAUUUGCAGUAGGGAUCAUAUAGAAAUAAAAAAAAGUCUCGAAAGUAAGACAAGACCAUCGUCCCAUCGUAAAUUAGAAAGUGGAUGUCCAUUGUAUAAUUAACUAAUUGUAAUUAGGUUAUUACACUUUUCUACCAAAAAAAGAGAAGGUUGGUUACACACUUACACUUGAGGGCUGGAUGUGGCUUAUGUUUUGUAUUAGUUUUUUUUUCUUCUUAUAAAGGUAUUAGUUUUUUUUUUACAAGAGAAUUAUUUUUGGUAUUGAUGGAUGAUCUCAAUUUAACCAUGGAACGCAAAUACAUUCAUAGUCGAAGAACCACAUGUCUUGUAUUCACAGGUUUGAACACCAGAACAUGCAAAUGGAGAUUAGAAAAUAGGGAGCCAUUCAUCCUUUUCCUCCUCAAUUUCGUCUGCCUAAAAUUUGGCUGAAUUGAUGGAGACAUAAACUAGCCUGGCUACUCGAAGACCACUCUACAUGCAUAUAUGGUUUAGGGUAGCAUUCAUCUUGCAUACGCUAAUUUUAUCCUACGAUUAAUGACUUUUGCUAUUUAGUUCAUAAAAUAACAAGAGUUUGGUAUAGUACUAUAAUCUCUCAUGGAUCAACCUCAGGUCUGUAAUUCUCUACACCAAAAUCAUAAAAUCAUUUUAAUCAAAAAUAAAAAUCUAUGAUUAUGAUUCGUCAAAAUAUAUCAAAUUACAUAAAGUAUAUCACAUUACAUCUACUAGGUAUAAAUGCAAGCAUAUAUUACAGAUGUACGCUACACUUUGCUAUAUAAUUAUAUAUGUUAUGGGAUGCAUUGCAUACCAAUUCACUCCCCAAAAAUUAAAGGCCCUUCUUCAUCUCUUCAUCAUGCCUUCUUCUACCCAAUAAUUCCCUCCGGCAAAAGCCCAAAUUUACCUUUACCAUCAUGACUAGUCUCUUCCAUUUCAAGACCACAGCUGGUCAUCGUCACAAUUAUCCACAAGUGGUUUGCCCUAAUCAUGCGGUGAUCGGCGGCAACCGCCACUUCAAGACAAGCAAAUCAACUGUUAAUCCCUCCGUCUUGCGGCUUAACAAGUAUGGAACUCCGGCGAUAGACCCACCCAAGGAAAGACUAGAAUGGGUCGUCGACACCAAGUCUCCGUCGACGGGGAAGUUCGGUAGGUUUGGUGGCAGGUUCGUCGCCGAGACCCUCAUUUCCGCUCUGGAAGAGCUUGAAGUCGUAUUUCAUCAUGUUCUUCAAGAUCCUGAAUUUCAGGAGGAGCUAACGACGGCACUAAAGGACUACGUAGGCAGGGAAACCCCGCUCUACUACGCGGAGCGCCUCACGGCCCACUACAAGGGCCAAAACUUGGGCCGAGGUCCAGACAUCUACAUCAAGCGCGAGGAUCUGGCCCACCUCGGGGCCCACAAGAUGAACAACGCACUGGCCCAGGCAAUGAUCGCCAAACGGAUGGGCCUCACCGCCGUCAUAGCGGCGACCGGUGCGGGACAGCACGGAGUAGCGACGGCCGCCGCCUGUGCGAAGUUCGGACUCAGCUGUACAAUCUUCAUGGGCACCGCCGACAUGGAGAAACAGCCGUCGAGCGUAGACCUCAUGAACCUCCUCGGCGCGAAGGUCAGGCCGACGGCAGGAAGCUUCAAGGACGCCACCUCGGAUUCAAUCAGGGAUUGGACGGAAAAAUUGGGGGAAGUUUACUACUUGGCUGGCACGGCGGUUGGCCCCCACCCUUGCCCGACGAUGGUUCGGGAGUUUCAGUCGGUGAUCGGGAGGGAGACGCGGCGGCAGGCGGCGGAGAAAUGGGGUGGGACUCCCGACGCGGUGGUUGCCUGCGUCGGGAGCGGCUCGAAUGCGCUGGGGAUUUUCCACGAAUUUGUGCGGGAUCCGACGGUGAGGCUGAUCGUAGUGGAGGCGGCCGGGUUUGGACUGAACAGCGGGAAACACGCGGCGACGCUGGCCGCCGGUGAAGUUGGGGUUUAUCACGGCGCGAUGAGCUACUUGUUGCAGGAUGAGGAAGGGCAGAUUAUCUGUCCGCACUCCGUCGGCGUUGGGAUGGAGUAUCCUGGUGUAGCACCGGAGUUGAGCUUUCUGAAGGAGACCGGAAGAAUGGAGUUCUACUCAGCUUCAGACGAAGAGGCUGUCGAAGCAUACAGAAGGGUGGCUAGAUUAGAAGGCAUACUCCCAGCACUGGAGGCUUCUCAUGCAUUUGCAUACCUAGAGAAACUGUGCCCUACUCUGCCCGACGGAGCCAAAAUCAUCAUAAGUUGCAGCGGACGAGGAGAAAAAGAUACAGAAACGGUUUUUAACUACCCAAUCAGUUAAGGAAAGCCAGACAGGGCUAGAUGUGAACACUGAAAACCAAUAAGGUAUAGUUUGGCAAAAGAACAUCAUAGCUGUAGUCUAUGUACAUAGAUAAGCAAAUGCAACUACAGUAGUGUAAAAACUGGAGAUGUGAUUGAGAAUGUAAUAGAUGUCGAGACAGCGAGACUCGAGUGUGGGUCCAUGGAGAUGGAUGGAGAAGUAUGUGUGGUAUAGUAUUCUCUACAACUGUGACAGUUUCAUCCGAACCAGGGAUAGCAUAGCUAAAGCCAAUCAUUACGAUUGGUUAAAAGGAAGCAUAUUAGAACACAGCAUCAUUCAUUUCAACAAUCCAACUACUAACCAUCCAAAUUCAUUUAUAAAAUUACUAGAGGAAACAAGAUUCAACUGAACUACAGAGUUCACAAAGAGAAACAUAUAUAGAUUCAGAUGAACUGCAAAGCUUUGCUAAUUUAAGGAGAGAUCUGAGUAUAAACGACAUGAAACAAUUGGUAAGCCAUCGACAAGCUCAUGCGAGAGAAGGGUGUUCAAGUUAUAACAAAAGCAACUGGAAAAA